AUGGUUACCAACUACAACUUGUUUGUUUUGUUCACCAAAUCUUUUGAUCGGUUUGGUGCUGUGGGGGGGGGUUCGAGAAUUGGUGGAAGAAGUCAUGGGACCUUAAGGGCAAGGGUGUUCUUCUUUUUUGUGCUUGUUUUUGGGCCGUCUCCAUUGGGUUCGGUACCACCUACGUUUGGUUACCAUCAUGGUCAAAGACAAUUGAAGGAUUGGGACAAUGAUGCUGAAGUGGUGUCAAAUUAUCAGUGUGAGGAAGGCCCAACGGGCAAGAGGAAAUGGACCAACAUGGAAGCCCAACAGAAAACUGGGCCCUCUUAUAUUCCGAAUUUGAAAGCCCGGGAUUACCGAAUAAGGAAAAGCAAAAGACGCAAAAGGAAAAGACCAUUAAAGGCGAACGGAGACUCUCCUCUUUCUUCAUCACCACCAGCAAUGCAGACGCUACUUCUGCCGGCAACACGCGCCGGCAGCUUUACGGUGGUUCCAGUGUCCAGCUCCGCCGUCGCCGCCCCUCGUCUCUCCCAACCAUUUCUCCGGCCGAAUUCCCUGCCCUCACUCCCUCUCAAUUUGACUCGUUCUUCUUCUUCUUCUUCUCUCGGUUCCUCCAUCUCUCGUCAACCAUGGAAGCUUCCCUUCUCCGCAAGCGCUUCUUCUCAAGUGUCUACGGCUUUCACUGCCUCGAAUGACGAAUCAGAGAAGGCAAAACUCGAGCAGGUGGCGAAGAGAUUGGAGAAGACGGCGAGGUAUUUCAAGCGUUUGGGAAACUUAGGGUUUUGGGGUCAGCUGGUCUGCACCGUCGUGGCUGCCGUCAUACUCUCAUUCUCCGUCGUUAUUACCGGAAAAGUGACAUCUCCGGCCACGUUUUAUGCCACAGCGGGUGGAAUAGUGGCUGCCUUCAUUUCUGUGUUUUGGUCCUUUGGCUACAUUCGCCUCUCGGAGAAGCUCCGAAAAACUGCAAAUGACCCCACCAAGGCACCCCCUCGUGCUGAUGUAGUGAAAGGCUUGAAAAAUGGAAUAGUGAUGAACCUGUUGGGGAUGGGUGCUGCUAUUCUUGGCAUGCAAGCCACGGUUGGGUUGUUAGUUGCUAAGGCUCUCACUACCUCGACAAACCCGUUAUAUCAGGGAAUUUCUCCCGGUAGCAGCCCAGUUCUCGCAUUGGAUGUAUUUUUGGUGCAGGCUUCAGCGAAUACUAUUCUUUCACAUUUUCUUGGGCUUGUUUUCUCAUUGGAGUUGUUGCGAUCAGUCACGUUACCACCUUCAGAAGCGACUCCAUUUCCCAAGUUUGCAUAA